AUGGCACAAAAAUACAUCGACGAGGAAGAGAUGAAUGCCAUGAAGGACAAUGACUGGACGAGGGACCCAGGACGAUCGAGAGGAGAACGAUCAAGAGAUGGUAAGCAGUUCCAUAAAGACAAAGGCCAUAAUACGGAAGACUGCUAUCAAUUGAGAGAUGAGAUCGAACGGUUGGUAAGACAAGGUUAUUUUAAACAUCUCAUUGACAAGAGUAUAGAGACACGCGGACGGAGUAGAUCCCGGAGUCGUGAAAGGCAUCAAAGAGAUGAGGUAGGAACAAGUGGAGCACGGGACAAUGCACCCACAAAGGGUGUUAUCCAUACCAUCUCUGGCAGACCAACAGCUGGAGAUUCCAUGAGGGCAAGGAAAAAGUAUGCCAGGGAAAGCAGAUUCAAGCAUGGGGAACUAAUGAUGCAUGUGGAAAACCAGGAAAGCAUUGUCUUUGGAGACGAGGAUUUGAGCUCAGAUUCUUUCGACCAGAAUGACCCCAUGGUCAUAAAAAUGGACAUUGCCAACUAUCAUGUACACAAAGUGUUGAUAGAUAAUGGUAGUUCUGUUGAUAUUAUUUUUAGCAAUGUUCUCAGGAAAAUGGAUUUGGGCAGCGUGAGAUUGAAGCCGGUUCGAACACCUUUGGUUGGAUUUGGAGGCAGUGAGGUUGUUCCUGAAGGUGUAAUUGAGCUGCCAGUUUCGUUGGGGGAAAAAACCUAG